AUCUGAUCAACUACAUCAGACAGUGAUCCUGCCGUUCUCCAGCUCACAAGACAGUUGGUUCUCAGGGUGCUGAUCCGUCUUCAGGCUCCCACCAUGUACUUCCUGUCCAAGAUGUUUGCUGCGGCUCUGCUGCUGAGCCUGACUGCAGCCGCUCCAACUCCUGAGGAGUGUGUCCUUCUGAACAAAACCCUCUCUGCUGAGGAGCUGCCCAUGAUCUUUGGGAAGUGGAUCCUGCAUGAGGCCUACGUUUUGAGCAGCCCUGACUACUACAGCCUGAAACUGAAAAGCACCAACAGCUCCCGGUCUGAAUUUAUCCCUUCAGAGGACAACCAGACAGUCCUUUUCAAACAGGCCAUUGUGGCGGAUGAAAGGUGCACCCGUUAUUCAAUCAAUUUCACUGUAGUGGGAAACACAAUCCAAUUCACAUCUACCACUCAUAAUACCACAUCCAAAGCUGACUUCCUGAAGACCUGUGAUGACUGUCUGAUGAUGCGCCACAGCACUGUUAGAAGGGAUGGAAAAGAGGGCACUUAUCUACUUUUCUAUAAGAAGACAGAUGUGUUGCCACAGGCAGACCAGGAGAAAUCCAGGGAACAGGCCAAGUGCCUGGGCUUCCUACAGCCUCCAGCGUUCAUCUAUGAACAAGCAGAGUUGUGUCCUGAGCAGAGUGACGCCCCCCAGGCUUAGGAACCAGCACAAUAACAAAUGUCUUUGAAAUACAUGGUUAUUAAAAUGCAAAGAAAGA